AUCCCUGGCCGGGGAGUGUUUAUAGCUAGCUAGGGACGUCGGACGGCGGGGUUAGGAAAGCAGCCGAAAAUGUACUCGGCCGCGUUACCCGUUCUCCUGGCGUCCCUGCUGCCGUGUUUCUGGUCUCACCCGCAGUGCCUGGACUCCCAGCCGCCGUUCCAAGAGAACUCUCUCUCCUACUGCAAGGAAUACGCCGAGUUCGGCUGUUGUGUUCCCGCCGACGAGACGACUAUCAGGGAUAAAGUCGAGGCCCAACUGUCCGGCAUGUCUGAGUUGCAGCGGGAGAACUGCGAGACGUACCUCAAGAACAUUAGCUGUCUCCCCUGCUCGCCUUACGCAGCACACAUCUACGAGACUGAGGGAGGCGGCGAGCCCAGAACGUUUCCCGAACUGUGCGGCAGCUACUGUCGAGAUGUCUACGUCAGCUGCCGCACUCCUCUGCUGGAUCUACUAGGCCUGCGACCCUGGGAGAACGGGCUCGUCUCGGAACAGCCUGAGACCCAACAAAAACUCGAAGAAGACGCGGAAACUUUUUGCAAAGAGGUAAUCCCAGAGGACUCUUCCUAUUGCUACCCCGAUGUGUUGGACGGUCCAGAGGUUGAGGGAUUCAGUACGGAGCAGGUGGGAGAGCUGAGCUGCCUCUGUGGAGAGCCGGUGGCCAGAGGAUUGCGUAAUCCUCUGGCAGCCGUCCACGCAGGAGACGGAUCAGGCAGACUGUUUAUAGUGGAGCAGAUCGGAGUCAUCCACAUCCUCGACAAAGACCGUAACCUCCUCCCCCAACCUUUCCUCGACAUCACUGAUGGAGUGAUUCCCAUCUCACGGAGAGGAGAUGAGCGGGGGCUCCUGGGAUUAGCGUUUCAUCCAAACCACUCUGAGAACGGACUGUUCUACGUCUAUUACUCCACUCUCAUUGACAGAAGUCACUACAGCAUUGUCUCAGAGUUCAGAGUCAACGCAAGUGGCGGCAAUACCACUGAUCCUGAUUCAGAGAGGGAGAUACUGAGACUACUUCAGCCCUACUCCAAUCACAAUGGAGGACAGUUGCUCUUCAAGGACGGGUACCUUCUCGUUUUUCUCGGAGACGGUGGUCUCGGAGGUGACCCGAGCAAUAAUGGAUUGAACCUGGGUACCCUUCUAGGGUCAGUCGUGAGGAUUGACGUGAAUGGAAGAGACUCGGGGCUAGAGUAUGCCAUUCCUCCUGAUAAUCCUUUUGUUGGUGAUGCCAAUGCCAGAGGCGAGAUAUAUGCCUAUGGUCUGCGCAACCCCUGGAGAUGUUCGUUUGACAGAGGAGACCGCGACACUGGCCACGGAGCUGGGAGAUUGUUCUGUGGAGACGUGGGGCAAGACGAAUUUGAAGAGAUCGACAUUAUUGAAAAGGGCGGGAAUUACGGCUGGAGGGGCUUUGAAGGCAGCGAAUGCUUCGACCAAAACAUCUGCAACUCAUUGUCUGAAGCCAUUCCCCCCAUCGAUGCCUAUCCUCAUUCACCCUCAUUUGGGAUGUCAGUCACCGGAGGCUACAUCUACAGAGGAUGUUUGUUUCCCAAUCUUCAGGGCCUCUACAUCUAUGGCGACUACUCUACUGGGAGAGUGUUUGCUCUGAAAGAGGAGGAGGGGGAGGACGGAGGUGUGAGGUGGGAGAGGUCUGAACUGUGUAUGGGAGAUGAGAUGGUUUGCACCGACGGUCUCGUGGGUAAAGAGAGAGAGAGACACAUCCUCUCGUUUGGAGAAGAUGAGGAUGGAGAGAUCUAUAUUCUUGUCACUAAUGAUGCCUCUCCUUCUAACAACGGCGGAGUUGUGUAUCAUUUGGUCGACCCCUCCAGGAGAACAAGUCCCAAUGUGUGUGAUGGUAACCCAAUUAAUGGAGGGGCAGAGGUGGACGGUGAGGAAGGGACUACUUCUGGUGCAGCUUCAGUUACUACCACAGACGAUACUGCUUACGGACACCCACAAUGUUUGGACUCCGAGCCACCGUUCGCCGACCCCGACAUGACGGUCUGCGGUGAGUACGCGGACUUCGGUUGCUGCACGCGGCGACUCGACAGGAGAGCCGGACUGGACGCCCGCCUGGCGCUGGAUAAAUUCUCCUCCGACCAAGACCGUGAAGUAUGCAUGGACUACAUGAGGAACAUCAGUUGCCUCGCCUGCUCGCCGUACGCGGCACACAUCUUCGAGACCGAGGGAGGGAGCGAAAGAAUUGCCUUCCCGCAGCUCUGUAGCAAUUACUGCGUAGAGGCGUAUGUCAAGUGCCACCUUGGGAUGAUGCGGCUCUUCAAGCUGUUUCCCUGGAGAGAUGGGCUCGUGGAAAAACGGCCCAAAACACGGGAAGCUCUCCAAAGAGACGCUGCUGUAUUCUGUAACCAUUACAUCCCUCAAGAUUCACCUUACUGCUACCCCGAGGUCUUGGACGGGCCAGAGAUUGAUGGAUUCAGUACGGAGCAGGUGGGAGAGCUAGGCUGUCUCUGUGGAGACCCGGUGGCCAGUGGAUUGCGUAAUCCUCUGGCGGCCGUCCACGCAGGAGACAGAUCAGGCAGACUGUUUAUAGUGGAGCAGAUUGGAGUCAUUCACAUCCUCGACAAAGACCGUAACCUCCUCCCCCAACCUUUCCUCGACAUCUCUGAUAAAUUGAUUCCCAUCUCACGGAGAGGAGACGAGCGGGGGCUCCUGGGAUUAGCAUUUCAUCCAAACUACGCCACAAACGGUCUCUUUUAUGUCUACUACUCAACUCGAGUGUCCUCUCCCUCUCAACAUUGGAGUCGAGUCUCUGAGUUCCAGGUCAACACCACUGCUGACCCUAACCUGGCAAACAGAGACUCUGAGAGAAUCGUGUUUCAAGUGAGGCAACCGUACUCCAACCACAAUGGAGGGCAGCUCCUUUUCAAAGACGGAUAUCUCCUCGUGUUUCUUGGUGAUGGUGGGUCUGCUAGGGAUCCUCAGGGCCACGGGCAGAAUAAGGAAACUUUGCAUGGGUCAGUAUUGAGGAUUGACGUGAAUGGAAGAGACUCAGGGCUCGAGUAUGCCAUUCCACCUGAUAAUCCUUUUGUUGGUGAUGCCAAUGCCAGAGGCGAGAUCUAUGCCUAUGGUCUGCGCAACCCCUGGAGAUGUUCGUUAGACAGAGGAGACCGCGACACUGGCCACGGAGCUGGGAGAUUGUUCUGUGGAGACGUGGGGCAAGGCACAUUCGAGGAGGUGGAUAUCAUUGAAAAGGGUGGGAAUUACGGCUGGAAGAUAUUCGAAGGUAACAUGUGCACAUCAUCGUCAAGUUCAACCUGUUCAUCGAUUCCCGAUGCGAUUCCACCAAUUCACGACUACCCUCGGUCAGUGGGUGUGUCCGUCACCGGAGGCUAUGUCUACAGAGGGUGCACCUUCCCCAACCUCCGAGGUCUCUACAUUUUUGGAGAUUAUGGUUCUGGACGAAUGUUUGGAUUGAGGGAGAAUGUGACUAGUGGAGAGUGGGCACAUAGUGAGCUGUGUAUGGGAGACGAGGGGACGUGUACUGGUGGUUUGGUGGGAGCCGAUAGACAGAGGUUUAUCCUCUCAUUUGGAGAAGACGAGGAGGGAGAACUGUAUGUGCUCACCAGCUCCACAGUCAAUCCCAGGCAAAGUACUGGUGUAGUUUAUCGCAUCGUCGACCCUUCCAGGUUCCUGGACCAUCGCUCCGUUCUCUUCAGUAGAGAGGGCUGCGCGGAGAUUCUCCGGCGACACCCGCAGAAAGUCAGAGUGCAGAAGGUGAGAGAGAUGAAGGAAGGUGUGGUGUAUGAAGGGGAGUUUUUCUCCCCUCUGGCCGCCUAUCUACCCGGACUGCUGCCGAAGCAGUCCGAGGUUGCCAGGUUUGAGCUGGUACUGCCACAGUCUUGGCUGGAGACCGACAGAAAACCUGUCUACAUUCAUCUGGCAGGAACCGGAGACCACUAUUUUUGGAGACGAAGGUUUAUGACUGUUUUACCCACGCUGAAAUCUUCAGGGAUAGGGGCAGUUAGUUUGGAGAAUCCUCUCUACGGAAGUCGGAAGCCUCCAGAACAGACCCGCUCCCAGGUGCAGUAUGUCUCCGACCUGUUUGUGAUGGGGAUGGCCUUGAUUCUGGAGUGUAUGGUCAUCAUGCACUGGCUGGAGGGGCGGGGUCUGGGACCUGUGGGGCUCACUGGAUUCUCAAUGGGUGGACAUAACUGUUCACUGGCAGCAGCUCUGUGGCCCAAGGCAGUGGCGGCAGUUCCAUGCCUCUCCUGGUCCACUGCCUCCAGUAGCUUCACCGAGGGUCUGCUGUCAGGGACUGUGUGUUGGGAUGUCCUGGAUGCUCAGCUGAGGGACUGCUACAGUGGCAGAGACGAGAGGAGGAGGCAUUGUUUCAUGAGAAUCGGGGAACUAGAGACGGCAGUGCAGAGCAAUCUCAGCAAACCCACACUUCUCUCAAGCCUAUCUUUCACCAGAGAAGAGGCCAACUGUACUAACAGAGAAACUCCCAGUGGACCAAGUAGUGAGACUACUAAUGAGCUGGGCAAAAGCAGAGAGGUAGCUGGCGAGACUGAGCCGCAUAGAAAGCUGUGGUGGCUCAAUUCGGCUAUAAAGGCGACCACGGGAGACGACAGAACAUUGUUCUACUCUCCUGAGGACCAGUCACACAGAGGGAGUGGGUUAGAACAGUCGGUGUCAAGAGGGCAAGUCAUGACCGCCAGUUUCCACGGGUUCUCCUCUCUACUACACCUCGUCCAGCAGUCUGUAACGGGACACAAACGAAGGGGCAGGAGGGGGGCGAAGGAGCCAGUGAGAGGCAGGAGACACCAUCCGCAGCCGGAGUUGGUAGAGACCAUGAGAAUGGUCCUGGAUACGUGGACUCAUCACCAGAACUUUCCUAUUCCCCUGGCUCCUAGUCUGGCCCACUUUGUGACUGCCAGAGAUGAUGCUUACAUUCCUCGCAGACACAUACCCGACGUUCGUUCCCUGUGGCAAGGUUGUGAAGUGGAAUAUGUUUCUGGAGGUCAUAUUAGCACCACCCUCGUGAAACAGGGGACUGUUCAGUACUGA